CGCCUCGAGAGCGCAUGGGCUUUUUCGAAGGGAAAAAAAUCAAAUAAUUUAUAAAAAAUGCCUCUUCACAAGAAAGACGAUUAUAUACCAAUCAAGUGCGAGGGUUGGAACGGCAAGUUCCUAUACCCGGAAGGUGCAGUCAAUAAUGUAUCCAAAAUUCGGCGUCAAAAUCAAAAUGUGACGAAUACAAACAACUUCUACGGCUUCAAUACAGAGCCUAUUGUGCUCCCCACCACCUGGGACGGUACUUUUGCCAGGAGCGGUGAAACACGCAUGCAGCCUCAACGUAAUUGCUCCGACGAUCAAAACUAUUUCGACUACGACACUUCAACAACGGUUUUACCGCCUACAUGGAAUGGAGAGUUUGUUACCGAUUCAAAUGAUGUACGCAUCAAGCCGGAGCGCAAUUAUUCCGAUCCCCGAGAUUUUGCCGAGGCAAACCGUUUUAAGUUGGUCAAACAAUAGGAGCUGGGACCUGCUUCCUAACCGAGUUAUGCGUGCAUGCACAUGAGUUUGUUAUUAUUCAAAAUAAUUAUUUUCCGGUUUAUUAUUUUCACUAUUAUCCCUAAUUAACUCUUAGUUUUUGUAUUACGUGUAUUAAAAACAUUUAAUAAACGGAACACAAAUUUCAAAAGACAAA